UGUUGUAGUACUUUAUGAGGGUGUUAUGAGUUGCAAUUAGUUUGGUAGGGAAGUUUGGUGGAGAGGAAAGUAUCCCAAAGGAUAAAACAAUUGUUUUUUUCGUUUUUUGAUCUUUUUUUUUAUGGAGGAUCAGUGAGACAUUUGAAACAAAUAGAAAACCGAUCUCCUUGCAUCACACGUUCCAACUUAUUGCUUGUGAUUUAUAGGCUCUUUUGUUUUUCUUUUUUCUCUUUUUUACUGGCUUUGUUUUUACUUUAAAAACUUGAACAAAUUGUCAAUUUUGAGUGUACAGAAUUUUCUACCUCACUGCCCUCCAAAGUUAAAGAACUGAAGUUGCAUGGAAUAAUGAUAGGAUACUAUCUAUAACGAGGGAAAGCCUUCGGGGCUGAGGGGUUACCCAAGACUUGGGUAUUAAGGGACUGUGUGAAACCAUUGCUGCGGGAAUUGAAGCAAGAGAUGGUUUCCAGCCAAUGCAAAUGAUAUUUUCUUGACUGAUGGAGCAAGCCCUGGACUGCAUAUGAUGAUGCAAUUAUUGCUGAGGUUAGAGCAAGAUGGAAUUCUUUGCCCCAUUCCACAAUAUCCGUUGUAUUCUGCUUCAAUUGCCCUCCAUGGUGGAACUUUGCAUCUACAGGUUCCUUACUAUCUUGAUGAAGCAACUGGGUGGGGUUUGGAGAUUUCUGAACUAAAGAAUCAAUUAGAAACUGCCAGAUCAAAGGGCAUAACAGUCCGAGCCCUAGUCGUGAUAAACCCUGGCAACCCAACUGGACAGGGUCUUGCUGAGAAAAACCAACAGCAAAUUGUUGAAUUUUGCAAGAAAGAAGGUCUUGUGCUUUUGGCUGAUGAGGGGAAUAUCUAAUUAAAGAUUCAAUCUUUGUCUAAUUCAUAGUGGUUCCGAAAGAAUUUUUAGAUUGAUCAACAUUUUCUUAUUUGUGCUACAAGUGCUUUUGCCGGCUAAUUCGUUUUUUGAAUUUGCCGAUUUUUUUAAAUGAUUCAUAAUAGAUCAAAACUAACCAUAAUUUACUUUUUUUGAUUCUAUUGAUUUCCAAGGAGUUGAUUCCGUUGUAACCGCUUUUGCUAUGAUUUGCAAAAUAGGUUUACCAAGAAAAUGUGUACGUUCCUGAUAAGAAAUUUUAUUCAUUUAAGAAGAUUGCACAUUCUUUAGGGUACCAAGAGAAGGUUGUCACUUUGGUAUCAUUUCAAUCAGUUUCCAAAGAUUUGUUGCUCUUGUGCAUAUCUUGUUAUGUUUAUAUAAAGAAUUAAGAUGGAACAGGAUGUUUGUAAAUAAGCAAGUUUCCAACUCUUCUAAUUUUACUUCUAGGAUAUUACGGAGAAUGUGGGAAAAAAGGAGGUUACAUAGAAGUUACAGGCUUUAGUGCUGACAUUAGGGAACAAAUUUACAAAGUUGCUUCUGUCAAUUUGUGUUCUAAUAUAACCGGUCAAAUUCUCGCUAGAUUUGUAAUGAACCCUCCAAAGGUACUUUCCAUUUCCUUUUAUAGGCAAUUUUCAGCCUUUUAUUAUUCUAUUUUUCGGGAUGGAGUGGGUGUUUUAAAUACGUGACCUAGAUAUGGAGACAUUAUUUUUUUUCAUUUUUUGACCAACUUAUGUUGACAUUUUCAGUGGGGGCUAUGGUUUUUUUGAGGGUGCUAUGGUGAUAUUUUAAGGUUUUUGUUAUCCCAAUUUUGUUCUCUAAUGUUAGAGUAUAUAACAUAUCUUGGGGCCUGAGGCCUCAACUAUAAGCUUAAGUUUUUGGUUGAGUUGGUUCCUUGACGUGAUAUUAGAGCCAACAUGACUAAAGGUCACAAGUUCAAAUCUCAACCACCACUUUUGGUUGAGUUGGUUUCUUGACGUGAUAUUAGAGCCAACAUGACUAGAGAUCAUAGGUUCGAAUCUCAACUACCACUUAUUUAAAGUGGAAUAUUUAGUGUCAGAUAUGAGAAAAGUUUGUGUGCAUCCACAAUUAUAGCCCAAAGGGCUCUCAUGUGAGGGGGCGUGUUAAAGUAUAUAACAUAUUUUGGGGUCUCAACCACCUGUUGAAACUUUUGGUUAAGUUGGUUCCUUGACAGAUUGAGGAAUCCAGGUUAAUUGAAUAUCUUUUGGUGUAUACUCUUGGUUUUAGAUGAAAUGCUUAUUUGAAUAUAGAUUGAUACAAUGCCGAAAAAGAGGGAAUCCUUUCGUCCUUGGAUAGGCGUGCGAAGGUAAUGUAAUCAUGUAGGUGCUUGAUUUCAGAUUACUGUCAUUGAUGUUCUGCAAGUGUAAACUGAAGUUGUGAAAAAUCUGUAGAAUUUUCUGAACUAUACUUUGUAUUGACAGACACUAGAAGAUGCAUUCAACGGGUUAGAAGGCGUAACGUGCAACAAAGCAGA